AUGGCUUCGUUUACAAAUUACCGAAAUCCAAAUUCGACUCGGCCGAGUCAGACGAAUGAUGAAAAUUCCAAAGAUCUGAAAGCAAACAUUCGCGAAAGUCGAUGGAUUCAACCUGACCAAUGGGAAUCAGCUGAAAUUCAAGAGAAAUUUGAAAAGGGUAACAUUGCUUUUUCGGACGUGCAUACAAUGCUACAACAAUUGGGUAUUAAAGUUCAAAAAUUUGAACUAAACGAAAUUUUAGAAAAGCAUGAUCGAAAUAAGGACGGUCAUAUGAGUAAAGAAGAAUUCGAAGAUGUUUAUUUGCAACUACGUAUUAAAAAAGAUCCAGGCAGCACUUGGGGUCGAUCUGUUAAGCCAACAGCCGGGGGACUUGAUCGAUUUGUUACGACACGUCGUGAUGCAGAUGAUGAUUUAGAUUCAACCUCGUCUGUUGUAGAACAAAAACAAGAAGCAUCAGGUCCAUACCAUAGUGUGCUAGUCGAAGAACGUGUCUGGACAGCAAAUUGGAUAAAUCAACUUCUCGCAGAUGACGCUCAUUUGAAUCUCCGUGCUAAUCCGAUCGAUUCAAAAGAUGCACAAGCACUCUACAAAAGAUGCCAGGAUGGUAUUUUACUUUGUAAACUAAUCAAUAUUGCUGUACCGAAAACAAUCGAUGAACGAGCAAUCAAUUUAAAUUUAAACAAACAGGAUAUUUUCCGACAAAGUGAAAAUUUAGAAUUGGCAAUCAAUUCUGCUCGUGGUAUUGGUUGCAAGGUGGUUAACAUUCAUCCUGAGAAUAUUUCCAAAGCUGUACCUCAUCUGGUCAUGGGUCUCCUCUGGCAAAUUAUUCGGAUACAAUUAACCAGUGAAAUCAAUUUAAAACACGUUCCUGGUCUUGUCUUGCUUCUUCGUGAUGGUGAAACUGCUGAAGAUUUAUUGAAAUUAUCUCCCGAAGAACUGCUACUACGUUGGGUUAAUUACCAACUUCGACGUACGGAAUAUAAAGGCAAACAAGUAUCGAAUUUUAGUAAUGAUAUUAAGGAUUCAGAAGCGUAUACGUAUCUUCUUCACAUUAUCGCACCUGCUAACACGAAACCCCCUGUCGGACUCAGUCCGUUGAAAUAA